AAUGGGCAACAAGCAAACCAUUUUCACUCAAGARCAGCUGGAUGCGUAUCAGGACUGCACAUUCUUCACCAGGAAAGAAAUCCUGAGGUGAGUCUUCUACAGAAARGGGGAAAAUUUGCCAAAAAAGGGGAAAAUUUGCCAAAAAAGGGUUUCAACAAAAAUAAUCUCACUCCAGUUGCCUUACCAGCCCUGAAAUCAAUGUUGGUAAGGAUGACCUUCCCUCCUGUGCUCUGCUCCCCAGGACAAUCCCUUCCGCCAGCGGAUUGCAGAGGUGUUCUCCGAGCGCGGCGAYGGCAACAUGACCUUGGAUGAUUUCUUGGACAUGUUUUCUGUGCUAAGUGAAAUGGCUCCCAGGGAUCUGAAAGCUUAUUAUGCUUUUAAAAUUUAUGAUUUUAACAAUGACGAUUACAUAUGCAAAUCAGAUCUGGAGAAAACCGUCAACAAAUUAACGCGGAACGAGCUGACCCCAGAGGAAGUGAGCCUGGCGUGUGACAAGGUGAUUUAUGAGGCUGAUGUGGACAACGAUGGCAAACUGUCCUUGGAAGAUUUCCAGCACAUGAUCCUGCGAGCUCCAGAUUUCCUCAGCACCUUUCAUAUUCGAAUCUGAAUCCAGCCAGACACGGGACAUGAGUGUUUCUCUGCUUCUGGAAAUUUCAACAACUUUUACUUCACCUGAGAUUACCUGAGAUGAGAGGGGCAAAGAGGACAAAUUAUGGUAACUGAAACAGUCAGAGAACUUUUCAUUUCUCUCUAAAAGGAACAGUUCAUUAAGCACUCUGUCAAGAUUUCCCUGUAAUUCAGCAAAAUGUCUGUUCCCCCCCUCAGCUGGAGCAAACCUGGCCUGGACAUAGAGAAGGGAUUUUUUUUUUUAAAGUUCAGAUACCACCAGGUAGUAAAAAUACUUGCUAACCUCUAAAAAUUCACCCCAAAAAUGCCUUAACCAGGAAAAAAUCCCUCAAGUUUCAAAUCCAUUGUGGCUAAUAAAAAUUGUAUCGAUAAAUCCUCUAUUUAUAGUCUUAAYAAAUGGUCCAGUGAAUCAAUUCCUGAAGUAUUCUCU